AUGGAACCAUUCCAAUACGAACCCCUCGACCUUGGGUUGAGGUCAUUUCGACUCCUCAUUCUCUAUCCAGGAGGGGGCGAGAUCAGAUGCGAUAUAUUCCAAGCAAGCCUCGAACCUGACGAAAUCAUACCCUACGAAGCCCUAUCCUAUGCAUGGGGCUGUACUGACCUUGUCGAAUCUAUUUCCGCUAGCGGGAAGAGACUGCCCAUCACGAGAAACCUUUUUUCGGCAUUGACCCAUCUGCGGACCGAGGAAGCGAGGAUACUCUGGGUGGACGCACUAUGCAUUGACCAGAGUAAUCUUGCCGAGCGAGGGCAUCAGGUCGGACACAUGGCCGGCAUUUACAGACAAGCGGAGCAAGUUCUCGUCUGA